AAUUCACAAACAAUUUUUUACCGCGAAACAUGAAAAAACGGGGGAGCGUCGAUUUUUUUUCUGAAUUCAGAAAAAUCCUUUGAUGUAGUUGAAGAAAAGCAUCCAAAGCGGCCCGAAAAAGUCCAUUGAUAAUCUAAAAAAUCAUAAAUAAUAAAAUCGAAAUUUAAAUAAAAGAAAGUGAGAUGAGGUUUACUUCGAUCGGGUUUUGAUCAAUUCUGUUGGUGUUGGUGUCAGCUAUUUGUCGAUAAUCUGUUGCACUUUCGAGAUUUGUUUGGGGUGGCACAAAAAAAAAAACACUCAACAACAGCGAGAAGGUCGCCGGUAAACAUCAACAAAGUGAACGCGAUGUAUUAGUAGUGUGAGUGUUUAUGUGCGCGUGUGGGGGUGUCAGCGUUUGCCCAAAAAUAUUUACCACUCAAACAACAGCAAACACCGGCAAAAUAUACCUAUUUUUCGUUGUAUUGGUUCUACUUUCGCUCUGCAAUUUGCUUCCCGCCGCCCGGCACUUUUGUGAUAAGCUUUUUCCGGGUUUAAAGCAAAAAAGCACCGACAUGUAUGCCCCCAUGCAAAAAACAAAACAACAGCGGAAUCACUGUUCGACCGGCGAAAUAAGAACAGCAACAAAUGCCCCCCAUGUGAUACUCAGCUGUCUCCUGCUCCUGUCCACCCACCCAGUGAGGGCCCAGGAGAGCAUCGCACCUGUCUCACCUCAGGUGGCCGCUCUGGCAGCCCCGAGUCCCGCUGCCGGUGGCGCCCCUUCCAUCCUCGAUCAGUUCAGCCCCAACUGCAGCGCCGUGACGCACAUCUUCCAGGGCAGAGGUAUUGACGCCAAUGAGAUACCGCAAAAGCCCAGUAACGAACGCGUCCUGCGCUACUGUGAAUCCCCGUCAGUGGGCACCUGCUGCACCUACAACAUGGAGACCCGCAUGGCGAUGCAGUCGCGCCAGCAGCUCGAAGGACACACUAAGGAGCAAAUCACGCGAAUGUCGGGCAUCCUGGGCAGCAAGGCCGUCAAGUUCAAUGAUAUUUUCAGCGAAUUGCUGGUGGAAUCAAAGGCCCAGUUCCACACGAUGUUCAUGCGUACCUAUGGAGUGAUCUACCAGCAAAAUUCGUACGUCUUCUCGGAUCUUUUCAAGGAGCUGGAGAACUACUUUGCCCGAGGUCGAGUCGAUCUGAUGGAUGUCAUGGACAAGUUCUUCAACACGCUCUACCAGAAGAUGUUUACCGUGCUGAAUACCCAGUACGCCUUUGACGAGAAAUACAUGCGGUGCGUCAGCGAGCAUAUGAAGGAGCUGAAGCCGUUUGGGGAUGUGCCGGACAAGCUUUCCGUUCAGAUCAAGAGAUCAUUUGUGGCUACUCGCACCUACGGACAGGCCCUGGCUACGGCUGCCGAUGUGGUAAAAAAAGUGCUGAAUAUCCGCCUCAAUGCCGACUGCACGGGCGCACUGACGAAGAUGCAACACUGCGGGGCCUGCAAGGGAUAUACGGAGAAGCCCUGCACCAACUACUGCGUGAACGUGAUAAAAGGCUGCCUCCACUACCAGCACGAGUUCGAAGGCGAGUGGGAGAACUUCGCACUGGCCAUGGACAAGGUCGCCGAGCGUCUCCUGGGCUCCUUUAACAUUGUCAUGGUCGUGGAGCCCCUAAACAUCAAGAUAUCUGAGGCCAUCAUGAACUUCCAGGACUCUGGCCAAGACAUCACCAACCGUGUGUUUCAGGGUUGCGGUAGACCCACCCUAAGGCGAGCAAAGCGCUCCGUUCACCCCAAGCUCCAGCCAGUACAAGAAAUCAAUGUGAAUGGCCCCGCCGAGCCGGAUACCCUGGACAUAGACGCCACGCUAGAUGAGGCGAUUGUGCUGAGAGAGCGAAGAGCUGCAGAGCCAGGCUCACAGGAAAGCUCCGUCCCAUCACAGUCCCAGGAGCAGGGCGUGGCCAAUAAUGGAGGAAACAAUGCUGGUGAUGAAGGAGGCGGUAGCGGCAACAAUCGUCGCCAAAAACAGCGCCGCAAGCAGCAGCAGCGACGCAAGCAGCAGAACAACCGCAACGACAACGACGGAGAUGAGAACGAGAAUGGAGGCGGUGGACGCGAACCGAUUCUGGACAGGAUAGUUCGGGACAUACGGCAACGGGUGAAGGAAUAUAAGAAGUUCUGGUCGAAUCUGCCGCAGUCCAUAUGCAGCAAUGAGGACAUAGCCGCGAGCUCCGAUGUGGAUGUUCUGUGCUGGAAUGGACACACCAUCGACAGAUACAUGCAUUCGAUCACUACGGAGCACGGCUCCAACCCGGAGUUCAUUGGAAACCCAUCCAACACCCGCCAAACGGCUCAGAUGUCCUCGCAGCUGUUCCAUCUGAAGAACGCCGUCAGCCACCUGCGCAAUGCCUACAACGGUCAGGAUGUGGAGUGGAGUGAACAGGAAGAGCCGUAUUUGGGCAGUGGAGCUGGAUCGGGAUCGGGCUCAGAGGAUGACGAGGACGAUGACGAAGGCUCUGGCCUGGGUCCCUUCGAACCAAGCCACAAACCUGAUGUGGAUCGAACCUCGGUAGAUGCCGACAACGAUGACGACGAGGAUGGCCAUCCUCAGAUUCCCACACACACAUCCCGGCCGAAUGUGGAGGACAAAAAUCCUUUGGUCCACCCCACACAAUUCGACCAUAACAAUCUUGAUGAUGAUCAGCAUGGAGAUAACGAUGACGAGCUGGAGGAACGCCUUGGUGAUGGCGAUUCCAAUGCCGAUGGCGAUGCCACUCGCUCGUCGAGCGCACCGGAGAAGAUGACGCUACGUCGCGCUCUGGUUGUCUACUUACUGCCCCUUUAUAUGGCGUGGUUCGGUGGCGUCUGCGCCGAUUUGCUGUGAUUAUUCAAUGUGCGACCUCGCACAGCUCCCGCCCCCACACCUCUCAGUCAUUCAUCCGUGAAUAAAAGAAAUUAGGAGAACUACACUUUAUAUACGAACUGCGAGUCCAAAAUUUUAUAAAAACUUUUGAUAAAGCACUCAAUAUGCAAUCAAUCGGGAUAGGAAUAUAGUAGGUGUAAGCUUAAGAGGAUAAGAAUUAAGAGGAGGAGAAAGAAUACGUAACGAUCCCCCAUCAUAUAGUUCAGUAAGGACCCCUGCCUAGGUCUAAGUGCGAAAUUUUAAUUUCUAAGUGAAACGAGAGAGUUGAGUAUGUGAAAAUGAAUGAUUGCGAGUGCGAAUGGGUGCCUGUAUAAUGUGAUCGUUUAGCAAAAAUUAAAUGUAAACCCUGUAGCCCCUAGAGACCUAAGCGGUUAACAUACACUUACAUUUAUAAUAUGUAUUAUAUCUAUAUAUAUAGGGAACAGCACACACCUCUGUCUCAGAAUGAAAUCAAUUAAUCCGAACAAUAAAGGCAAUAACUAAUGACCCCCAA